AAGUUGCCAUUAAGGUAAACGCAGAGCUAGACAUUGGACUGUUGCCUCCGUGGUGGAAGUUGUUGUCAUUAAAACUAACAUAUUUCCUCUUUGUUUCUUGAAAUCUGUUUUGGACGCAUUCAAACUCAGCGGGGAAGUAAAUGUUUCUGUUUUCUUGACUUUUCAACCGUCGACGAGCGACCGCGGCGAGUCAAGUGGGAACUCUUCACUGCAAUUAACUUGUGUGGAUUUGUUUCUGAUGCUUUGACUGAGAGCCACAGUGCGGGUGUCGUUUGAUGGUCUAGCUUUGCUAGCUACUACUGGCUUGACUUUUUCCUGGUUUGUUUGUUUGUAUGUCUCUCUGCACUCAGAAUACAUCGGAUCCUACACAAAACCAACGCUAGAGUGAUUGAGGAGGCUCCAGCAUUUUCAUUUCUCACCUGGUUCACACCCUCCUCCCCGUUCCUUAGCUGCCUUCAGCUAAUCAACCGUUUCCCGUGUUUUUGCGGUUGAUUAACAGCCGUGUUUCCAGUGGAGCGGAGGAGAGACAACGACCGAAACAGCGAGGAGCGGGGAUUCACAUUAAACGGUCCUUGAAUUCGGACGGAGCGGCGGGGCGGUUGGUUUUGGUUGAAAUUAACGACAGUCGGUCCUACUUAUAACGGCGGAUGGAUUCGUGUCCGUGAUCUGGGGCACCCCACAUCCUCACUGUGCUCUAGUUUGAUCCACCGAAGAGUGUUUUUCGGAAAGAAACUCUCCUCCUCCCGGAGAUAACAAUGUUUCCCCAGGGGCGACACCCGACGCCCCACCAGGCUCAAGGCCAGCCCUUCAAGUUCACCAUCCCAGAGUCACUGGACCGCAUCAAGGAGGAGUUCCAGUUUCUUCAGGCACAGUACCACAGUCUCAAGAUGGAGUGCGAGAAGCUGGCCAGUGAAAAGACGGAGAUGCAGAGACACUAUGUCAUGUACUAUGAGAUGUCUUAUGGCCUCAACAUCGAAAUGCACAAGCAGACCGAGAUUGCCAAGAGACUAAACACCAUCUGUGCACAAGUCAUUCCCUUCCUCUCGCAGGAGCAUCAGCAGCAGGUGGUCCAAGCUGUAGAGCGAGCCAAGCAGGUGACUAUGGCAGAGCUAAAUGCUGUCAUCGGGGUACGUGGACUGCCAGGCCUUCCACCUACACAGCACCUAUCCCAUAACCAUGGUGGUGCCCCUGUGCCCCACACCCCUCACCCUGCCGGCCUCCCCCCCUCUCAGCUAGGCGGUUCAGCUGGUCUCCUGGCUCUAUCAGGAGCACUUGGUGCUAUUCCUCCCCACAUGUUGGGAAAAGAAGAUAAAAAGGCCCACAUGUCUGGACCAGACUCACACCAAUCAGGACCUGAGCACCUGAGAGAGCGAGAGCCCAGCACAAGUAACUCAUUGCUUCCAGAAAGUCUUAGGAACUCAGAUAAGCGACGCAACGGACCUGAGUUUUCAAAUGACACCAAGAAACGCAAGGUGGAUGACAAGGACUCUAGCCACUAUGACAGCGACGGGGAGAAAAGCGAUGAUAAUUUAGUGGUCGAUGUCUCAAAUGAGGAUCCAGCCUCCCCUCGUGGCACGCCUCUCCCCUCCCCUAGAGAAAAUGGCCUGGAUAAAGCCCGUCUUCUGAAGAAAGACCCCUGUAGUCCAGCUUCUACUGCAUCAUCAGCCAGCUCUUCUUCCCUCAAGUCCAAAGAGAUGACAAUGCGAGACAAGGCAGGCACACCUGGACUAAAGUCAAGCACACCCACACCCAGAGGUGACUCCACCCCUGGUCCGAGCUCCACUCCUGGGAUCCGACCCAAUCUAUCAAAACCCCCGUCCAUGGAGAUACCACAUCCAGCCACUGCAGGUUUGCGAACCCCCAUGGCUGUACCAGGCCCAUACCCAGGUGCAUUUGGUAUGUUGCCCCACGCAGCAGGGAUGAACGGGGAGCUGGCAGGUGCAGCCGGAGCUGCAGCCUAUGCUGCUGGCCUACACAACAUGUCACCUCAGAUGAGUGUUGCUGCCGCGGCUGCUGUGGCUGCGUACGGCCGUUCACCCAUGGUUGGAUUUGAUCCUCAUUCUCAUAUGAGAGUUCCUGGAAUGCCUCCUAGUCUGUCAGGAAUCCCAGGUGGCAAACCUGCUUAUUCUUUUCACGUGGCGGCCGACGGACAGAUGCAGCCGGUACCGUUCCCACCGGAUGCUUUGGUGGGCCCAGGGAUUCCUCGCCACGCCCGUCAGAUCAACACACUGAACCAUGGAGAGGUGGUGUGCGCUGUUACCAUCAGUAACCCCACCCGGCACGUUUACACAGGAGGGAAGGGUUGUGUCAAGGUCUGGGACAUUAGUCACCCAGGGAACAAGAGCCCAGUGUCGCAGCUGGACUGUCUGAACCGAGACAACUACAUCCGCUCCUGUCGUCUCCUUCCGGAUGGUCGGACGUUGAUUGUGGGAGGUGAGGCAAGCACGCUGUCAAUCUGGGAUUUGGCCACGCCUACUCCCAGGAUUAAGGCAGAGUUAACAUCAUCAGCACCAGCGUGUUACGCUCUGGCCAUCAGCCCGGACUCCAAGGUCUGCUUCUCUUGCUGCAGUGAUGGAAACAUCGCGGUCUGGGAUUUACACAACCAGACGCUCGUUAGGCAGUUCCAGGGUCACACAGAUGGAGCCAGCUGUAUUGACAUCUCCAAUGAUGGCACUAAGUUGUGGACCGGAGGCCUCGAUAACACAGUCCGCUCCUGGGAUCUUAGAGAAGGGCGGCAGCUGCAGCAGCAUGACUUUACAUCACAGAUCUUCUCUCUUGGCUACUGUCCGACAGGAGAGUGGCUCGCUGUGGGAAUGGAGAGCAGCAACGUUGAGGUCCUUCACGUCACCAAACCUGACAAAUACCAGCUUCAUCUACAUGAAAGCUGUGUACUCUCCCUGCAGUUUGCCUAUUGUGGUAAAUGGUUUGUGAGCACAGGAAAGGAUAACUUACUAAAUGCAUGGAGAACACCCUAUGGAGCCAGCAUAUUCCAGUCUAAAGAAUCAUCCUCGGUGUUAAGCUGUGACAUAUCUGUAGAUGACAAAUACAUCGUCACUGGUUCAGGGGACAAGAAGGCCACUGUUUACGAGGUCAUCUACUAAAUCUAUGGAAAGAAGGCCGGGACAUUUGCUCCUCCAACACACCAGAUAUGUUUCUAGACAUUUUCAACUGGAGCAAGAAACAACAAACAAGAGUGACCAUGAUGGCACGUUCUUAUUUCUGUUACAUCUGCCGAGGAGACGGAAAGGAGACAAACAUUUAAUGCAUAUAUCUGUUGUGCCUGUAGAGAUGACUCCAUUUAAGCGGGGUAUUAACUGGAGCAGCUGGAUGUUUAAUAGGAGAGGACCUAUUUGGAUGUAGUCUCAACUGCUUGUUGCUACAGACUGCACUGGGAUCAGUUCCAGGGACCCGACAAUGACUGAACCAAAUGGGGCACUGCAUUGUUUUGACUGGGACCAGCUCUUCUGGAGAACACAGGACUGAAGAUCAGAUUUUAAAUCAUACUUGAUUCGGUGUCGGGACCGUGGGCAGAGACCCUAGAACGAACACUCAAACCAGAGAUGGAGGACAGUGAAUGCAAAACAUGUUGGUUUGUUGCAGACAGACAAUGCUCACAGUCUGUUGAUCUCUCAGCUCCAACUCUUUGACCUUAGAACCUCAGCUUGCUGUUCUGAUACGCCUACACUGUUUAAAAAAAAAAAGUACCUUUUCUGUUAACAGUGAGUCCUCGCCUCACUAAACUGCACUGUACUGGUAUCUGUCCACCUACAUGGUUAGUACACACACAAAAUAACAGUUUUAAACACACUGAAGGCCAUGUUGACCGGUCUAGCAUCAUGCUGUUGUUCAUUUCUGUGAUAGGUUAGUUUGAUCCUUAUGAAGCAAAGUUGUUAUUAUAAUUCCUACCCAUUUCAGAUGAAGCCAGAAAGUAUUCUUGACUUUGGAGCAACAACUAGCUCACCCAACCAAAUAGGUUUCCAGAGCAGGACAGUAUACUCUUAAUUGUUCUUACAGAGGGCUUAACUCUCAGACGUUUUUCCCUUCUAUUUUUUGUGAUCAUGCUUGUACGAUCAAUUAGUGAAAACCUGAAGGGUAAAAAGAUUUCAGAGAUUGCAUUUAUCAUCAAUUUCCAUUGAUCCCCUUUUUCUAUGUAUCUGUUUCAACAGAUUAUUUCCCCACUCGUGUUUUUCACAUGGAUGUACUCCACA